AUGCUGGCUACAGUGGGAGCAGACUUUGACUUGAGAACUCUGAGGGCAGUACGGGUCCUGAGGCCACUGAAACUGGUGUCUGGAAUCCCUAGUCUUCAGGUAGUUCUAAAGUCCAUCAUGAAAGCCAUGGUGCCUCUGCUGCAGAUUGGCAUGCUGCUCUUCUUCGCUAUACUCAUGUUCGCCAUCAUCGGCCUGGACUUUUACAUGGGCAAGUUCCACCGGACCUGCUUCAGGACUGAUACAGGUGAGCAGGCAGCAGAGUUCCCCUGUGGUUUGGAGGCUCCAGCGAGGACCUGUGAAAAUGGAACUGUGUGUCAGGAAUACUGGAUCGGCCCCAACUACGGCAUUACCAACUUUGACAACAUCCUCUUUGCUAUUCUGACCGUCUUCCAGUGCAUCACCAUGGAGGGAUGGGUGGACAUCCUCUAUAACGCCAACGAUGCCUCAGGGAACACCUGGAACUGGAUCUACUUCAUCCCCCUCAUCAUCAUCGGAUCCUUCUUCAUGCUCAACCUGGUCCUGGGAGUCCUGUCUGGGGAGUUUGCCAAGGAGCGUGAGCGUGUGGAGAAGAGGCAGGAGUUUCUGAAGCUUCGCAGGCAGCAGCAGAUCGAGAGGGAGCUGACUGGAUACCUGGAAUGGAUAUGCAAGGCAGAGGAGGUGAUGCUGGCAGAGGAGGACAAGCAUGCUGAAGAGAUGUCUCCUCUGGAUGGAGCGUGGUACAAGAGGAAACACAACAACCCAGUGUUAAAAAGAGCCAAGAAGAGCAAGAAUGACCUGAUCAACGCUGAGGAGGGCGAAGACCACUUCACUGACAUCUCAUCUGUUGCUCCCCCAGGUUCUCCAUUCACCCGGGCCAGCCUGAAGAGCAGCAAGAACGACAGUGCUUCCUACUUCCGGAGGAAAGAGAAGCGGCUCCGCUUCACCAUCAGACGCCUGGUCAAGGCCCAGAGCUUCUACUGGACAGUCCUGUGUCUGGUGGGCCUCAACACACUGUGUGUGGCCAUUGUUCAUUAUGACCAGCCUGAGUGGCUCACCUAUGCGCUGUAUUUGGCAGAGUUUGUAUUCCUGGGCUUGUUUCUGACUGAGAUGUCCAUGAAAAUGUAUGGACUAGGACCUAGGAACUACUUCCAUUCCUCUUUCAAUUGUUUUGAUUUUGGAGUGAUUAUAGGCAGUAUUUUUGAGGUGAUCUGGGCAGUUGUGAAACCUGGGGCUUCCUACGGCAUCAGUGUCCUGCGAGCUCUCCGUCUGCUCAGGAUUUUCAAAGUCACUAAGUACUGGAACUCUCUGAGGAACCUGGUGGUCUCUUUACUCAACUCCAUGAAGUCCAUUAUCAGCCUGCUCUUCCUUCUCUUCCUCUUCAUCGUGGUGUUCGCCCUACUGGGCAUGCAGCUCUUUGGGGGAAUGUUUAAUUUUGAAGAGGAGACACCAACAACAAACUUUGACACCUUUCCAGCAGCCAUUCUCACAGUUUUCCAGAUUCUGACAGGAGAGGACUGGAAUGCGGUGAUGUAUCAUGGGAUAGAGUCCCAGGGGGGCGUUCGGUGGGGAAUGUUCUCCUCUAUCUACUUCAUCGUUCUCACCCUGUUUGGAAACUACACUCUGCUCAAUGUCUUCUUGGCCAUCGCUGUUGACAACCUUGCAAACGCACAGGAGCUCACUAAGGACGAGGAGGAGCAGGAGGUGGCCAUCACUAAGAAGAUGGCCCUCCAGAAGGUCAAGGAGGUGAAGGAGGUCAGCCCCAUUUCGGCAGCUAACAUCUCCAUCACAGCUUUUGUAAAGCAAAGUCGAGGUGCACUCUCUUGCAGCUCGUCCGUCUGCAGCGUUAAUUCACUUAUGGAGCAGCAGAAGUCUCUGAAGAUGAUGUCAGUGUGGGAGCAGCGCACCACUCAGCUGAGGAGACACAACCUGCGGGCCAGCAGUGAGGCCCUGUACAGCGAGCUGGACCCUGAGGAGAGGCUACGCAUGUCCUCCGCCCUGCACAUCCGCCCUGACAUGAAGACCCACCUGGACCGGCCCCUGGUCGUGGAGCCCCACGAUGGCCCCGGCCCCAUGGGCUACCUCAAGCCCUGGACCCCUGAGGAGACAGAUAACCCUGGGGACCCAGCCGGCCCCCAGCCACGUAGGCGCCACCGGGACAGGGAGAGACCCAUCGACAAGGCCAAUGACAUUGGAGAUUCAGGCAAAGAGGGUAGGCACCAUGUCCAUCACAGUCGCAGCAAGGACCCCAACGGGACUCGGUGCAAGGAGGGGAAGAGUGAGCGGUCGCACAGCCGUGAGGGUGGCAGGAGGCACCACCACCAGACCUCAGUGGACGAGGGAGGUGGAGGGGGAACUGGGACGGGAGAGAGAGAGCACCGCCACCACCACUCCCACAGACAGGCCAGAGAGGGUAAUGGCACUGUCAACAGCGGACGCAAGGAUGAGCGCAGGUCACGCCACAAAGAUGGCCGCUCGGGAGAGAUAUGCUCCAGGGGAGAGAACGGGGCCAAUGGGGAGAGGAGGAGACAGAAGACCCACAGUUACAGGGGCAAGUCCACACUGGAGGGAGAGGAGCACAGUGAGAGGGAGAGGGGGAAGGGCCACAGGGACAGAUAUGUGGAAUCUGAGGGCGACUCCAUGGCCACUAGCACCCAGCAGGACCCUGGAGAUCAGAGGUGGGGCACAGAGAUACCUGAGGACUCAGACAACCAUAGGAAUGUCAGACGGACAGGACGGACGGCCAUCCACAUCCCCCCUGUCACCAUCACCGCCCCGCCUGGGGAGACCACCCUUAUCCCCAUGAACAGUAUAGACUGUGAGACCAUACCUAUGAACAAGGAGAAGAAGACCCUGGAGGCGUUGACUCGGACCGGACCCAGACCCAUCCUCCCCUACAGCUCCAUGUUUGUGUUUGGCCAGACCAACAUGGUGCGGCGUCUGUGUCAUUACAUUGUGAGCCUGCGGUACUUUGAGAUGUGUAUCCUGGUAGUGAUAUCUAUGAGUAGCAUUGCAUUGGCUGCUGAGGACCCUGUCCAGGCCAACGCUCCACGCAACAAUGUGCUCAAGUAUCUGGACUACGUCUUUACGGGAGUUUUCACAUUUGAGAUGGUGAUUAAGAUGGUUGACCUGGGCCUUCUUCUCCAUCCUGGUUCUUACUUCAGAGAUCUCUGGAACAUUCUGGACUUCAUUGUGGUCAGUGGAGCACUGGUGGCAUUUGCAUUUUCAGGGUCCAAAGGAAAGGACAUCAGCACCAUCAAGUCCCUCAGAGUUCUGCGAGUCUUACGGCCCCUCAAGACCAUCAAGCGCCUGCCAAAGCUGAAGGCUGUGUUUGACUGUGUGGUCAACUCCCUGAAGAACGUCUUCAACAUCCUCAUUGUCUACAUGCUCUUCAUGUUCAUCUUCGCUGUCAUCGCUGUGCAACUGUUCAAGGGGAAGUUCUUCUACUGCUCCGAUGAGUCCAAGGCACUGGAGAAGGACUGCAGAGGUAAUUUCCUGGACUACGAUAAGGAUGAGGUGGCCGCCCAGCCUCGGGUGUGGAAGAAGUAUGAGUUCCACUAUGACAACGUGCUGUGGGCCUUCCUCACUCUCUUCACUGUGUCCACCGGAGAGGGCUGGCCCGAUGUUCUGAAGCACUCUGUGGACGCUACCUUUGAGGACCAGGGUCCCAGUCCAGGCUACCGUAUAGAGAUCUCCAUCUUCUACGUGGUCUACUUCGUGGUCUUUCCCUUCUUCUUCGUCAACAUCUUUGUGGCCUUGAUCAUCAUUACCUUCCAGGAGCAAGGGGACAAGGCCAUGUCAGAGUGCAGCCUGGAGAAAAACGAGAGGGCCUGCAUUGACUUCGCCAUCAACGCCAAGCCACUGACGCGUUACAUGCCAGAGAACGUGCAGUCCUUCCAGUACCGGAUGUGGAAGUUUGUGGUGUCACCCCCGUUUGAGUACGCCAUUAUGAUCAUGAUUGCCCUGAACACCGUGGUGCUCAUGAUGAAGUUCCAUGGAGCUCCAGACUUCUACGAGGCCAUGUUGAAGCACUUCAACAUCGUCUUCACUGCCCUCUUCUCUCUGGAGUGUAUUCUGAAGAUCAUCGCCUUCGGACCACUGAACUACCUGAAGGAUGCCUGGAACGUGUUUGACUUUGUGACCGUGCUGGGAAGUAUAACUGACAUCGUGGUCACAGAAAUCAAUACAACGGACCGGCUUUUGAACCUGAGUUUUCUGAGGCUGUUCAGAGCAGCUCGUCUCAUCAAACUACUGAGGCAAGGCUACACCAUCCGUAUCCUGCUGUGGACCUUCGUCCAGUCCUUUAAGGCCCUGCCCUAUGUUUGCCUUCUGAUAGCAAUGCUGUUCUUCAUCUAUGCCAUCAUCGGUAUGCAGGUGUUCGGAAACAUUGAGCUCAACGAGGACACAUCCAUCACUCACCACAACAACUUCCGCACUUUUCUUCAGGCUCUCAUGCUACUGUUCAGGAGUGCCACAGGGGAGGCGUGGCAUGAGAUCAUGCUGUCGUGUUUGAGUCACAGAGCCUGUGAUGAGAGGUCAGGCAACCUGGGGAAGGAGUGUGGCAGUGACUUUGCCUACUUCUACUUUGUGUCCUUCAUCUUCCUCUGCUCUUUCCUGAUGCUUAAUCUGUUUGUGGCUGUGAUCAUGGAUAACUUUGAAUACCUGACUCGAGACUCUUCUAUACUGGGGCCUCAUCAUCUGGAUGAGUUCAUCCGUGUUUGGGCUGAGUACGACCCUGCUGCCUGUGGCCGUAUCAAGUACCUCGAUAUGUAUCAGAUACUCCUCCACAUGUCCCCACCCUUAGGUUUGGGAAAGAAAUGUCCGCCAAGAGUCGCCUACAAGCGGCUAGUCAAGAUGAACAUGCCCAUCGCUGAUGACAACACAGUCCACUUCACCUCUACACUCAUGGCCCUGAUCCGGACGGCUCUGGAGAUCAAACUGGCCUCAGGGAUGGUUGCCCAGCGUCUCUCUGAUGCUGAUCUGAAGAAAGAGCUCUCCCAGGUUUGGCCAAGCCUCUCACAGAAAACUAUGGAUCUGUUGGUGACACCACACAAACCCAAUGAGCUUACUGUUGGGAAGGUGUAUGCAGCCAUGAUGAUCUUUGACUACUACAAGCAGAACCGAGCCAAGAGGCUCAAGGAACAGCAACAGCAGCAGCAGAAUGCUACUGGCUCCCAGGGGAAGGUGGGGGCCCUGUUUAAACCAAUACUGCCCCUGACUCACAAGCAGGAGAAAGUGAAGGAGAAGGCCAUGACCAACGUGGAGCCUCCCUGUGAGCUACUGCCUCAGCCCCAGUCUCAGGCCCUACCUAGACCCAGCUCCACCCUGCUCAACAACGGAGGCACACUGCCAGGCCAUGACGGCACCAUGAAAGGAUCAUCCUCCUGGGUGUCAGAGAAGUCUAGAGAAGUCCACAGACCCAGGAAUAAGACACCUGUCCAAAGUGGCCAGUCUAAGGAUGUCCCAAACCUAACCAUCCCCCAGGAGUCAGUGGAGAUGAGGAAGAUGGACACCAGUUGCAGCACAGUGCCUGGUCCUGGGUCUGGACUGGAGAGCCAGGGAAGAGCUGUGUCCAUGCCUCGCCUCAACGCAGAGCUGCAGAGGAGCAAGUCGCGCCACUCCCCGGGGACCCUGCUGGCACCUGUUCCUGACUGCAGCCCAGUGAAACGCUCUGCGUCCACCCACGCCCCCCAGCGCCCCCAGGAGGUGAACCUGCAUGAAUACACCCUGGAGAGGCCCAGCACCCAAGAAAGGCCUCACCAUCACCACCACCGCUGCCACCACCACCGAGAGAGGGACAAGAAGCAGCGGUCACUGGACAGGACGCCAAGCACCAUUGGUUAG